AUGCCGCAGGCCGGCCUGGCUGAGCUACUGCCCAUGUGGCCCCGUGUGCUCGGGGCUCUGUACCCUGUGUUCAGCCAGAAGCCUCAGCUGGCCACAGGCCUACGUGACAGCUCAGUGCCUGUCCGCAGGGCACCUGCAUCUAGCCUGAAUUGUGCUCCAUUCCCGCUGCGUCCUGUCUGUGAACUGCAAAUCUGCAUCAAGAAGCAACCACAGCCCAAUUGCCAUGCUACCUACCUUCUAGCCUGUUACACUGCAAAGAACAUGAGUAGCACGAGCAUGUUCUGCACAUUCAAGGGAAAGCUGCAACGGCAGCUCCACAAGGGUGAGUACGACCUCUUUAAGCACGCGCCCAUCUUCGAGAGCGACUUCAUCCAGAUUACUAGGCGGGGCGAAUUAGUCGACGUGCACAACCGUAUGCAGAUGGUCACCCUGGGCAUUGCCUACACCAGCCCACUCCUGCAGCUCCCCGACAUCAUGCUAAUGGCCCGCCCGGCUCCCCUCGGCAGCAAUGACGGGCAGAGCAAGGCCAAGAAGAGGCGAGGCGUCAAGGCCCUGGAGCUCACCCGGCUCGUUCCCCUCUGCUUCGUGCGGAUCUCUGUCCACAGUGCAGAGAAGCAGCAGCUGCGCCUCAAGUUCGCCACUGGCCGCUCCUGCUACCUCCAGUUGAGCCCUGCCCUGGGCUCACAGAACGGGCAGUUUGCCCACUGGGAGAAGCUGGUCUACCUACUGCGGCCACCCGUGGACUACGGCAGCAGCACCUAUGCCAUCUCGGCUAAAGAUUUGGAAGGCAAGCCCCUGCUGGAGGGUAAAGAACACCAGAGCCCAGGGCCAGCUGACUGUCAGGGCCCCGGAGAACCAGACCAGGUUAGCAUCAGGAGCGUCCAUGGUGCCUCGGACGUGGCUGGGGCCACCUCAGCAGGCUUUUUGGGGGGUGAAGGCACCCGACCAGAUUCCUCCGAGCCUGUGACCGGGUCCUGGGCAGCCACCCUAGACGUAAAGCCCGUGGGGCUGGACCCAGAUUCUAUGGAGAGGUCCCUGCGUGAGGACACAGCCGCCAUAGCCUUGGAUAACCUGGACCAGCAAAGCGUGGCCACCCCUAGUGUCAUCAUCCAAGGUCAGAGGGGGAGCAAAACCCCACUGGUGGGUACUGUGCCUAGGUCCCCUGAUGAAUGUCAGCUGACCAAAGUGGGGCCAGAAUCUGAUUGCCAGGCUGCCGUCGAGACCACCGAUGACACAGAAGACCUGGGCAAGGAGCUCCUGUUCUCGCUCCUUAACCAGGAAAAAGAGCAGGAGGGUACAAAGGGUAUGGCGAGGUCCCUCCAUACCCCCGAUCAGGCCUCCUUCAACAAGAGGGGGCAGCAGGAGGAGAAAGAUGAGGACAGGCCCGGGGACAGCGGGCAGCAGCCCCCUGAGACUUGCCAGAAAGAGAAUGCUGACUUGGGUCCCCAGAAGCCCACCAAGAGUCAAUCGAUGGCUAGUCACCGGGCCACCCGAGAGGACAAGAAGGAACGAAUCCGGGGCAGUCCUGGGAGUAUCAAGAGGGGAGACACGCACAAAGGCAUCAGCCAUGCACCCAUCACCAAGGAGUCCAGAGCUGCCCACAAGUCCAGCCGGAGCUUGGCCACAAGCAGCUCAGGCGCCACCAGCAAGCGGCUGGGCCGCAUCGGGGUCUUCCUGCGCGGUCUCACCUCCAGGAGGGUACCAGCCCUACAUACUAGCACUAUGAAGCUGCUGACCACAUCCGAGGAAGAGUCAGGCACCAUGGAAGUGAUGUCUAAGGUCUCCAAGGACACCCCAGAGGAGACCAAGCCUACCGCCAAAGACAGCAUCACAAAGACAAUGGCUUUAGAAGGAGACUCAUAG